UUUAGAUGAGUGAUUGACUGUUUGUUGACACACAUAAGACGACGAGCGAAACACCAGGAGGACCGACUUAAAGGAGAGACAGAAAUGGUCGGACCAAAAAGACCACAGUUCGUGUUGUUUGGCUCCUCAAUUGUUGAAUAUAGCUUUCGUGAGCAAGGCUGGGGUGCCAUUCUUGCUGACAUUUAUUCUCGCAAGGCAGACAUAUUUUUGCGAGGAUAUGGUGGUUGGAACUCCAGGAAAGCUGUGGCUGUACUGGAUCAAGUUUUUCCAAAGGAUGAAGCAGUGCAACCAUCUCUGGUUAUAGUUUAUUUUGGAGGUAACGACUCUGUGGGUCCUCGUCCAGAUGAACUAUGUCCUCAUGUACCUUUGCCUGAGUAUGUUGAAAAUAUGAGGAAAAUUGCUAUCCAUCUCAAGAGCCUUUCAGAAAAAACACGCAUAAUAUUUCUUUCUGCUCCUCCCGUGAACGAGGCACAACUUACAGGUCCUAAUCAUCGCACAACUGAACUGUGCCAAAAGUAUGCAGAAGCUUGUGUAGAAAUAUCCCAAGAGAUGGGGAUUAAGGCUAUUAACCUUUGUACUGCAUUUAAGCAGCAUAGUGACUGGCUGACAACAUGCUUUAUUGACGGAGUGCAUUUAACAUCUGUCGGGAGCAAAAUAGUGGCAAAAGAGAUACUAAAAGUCCUUACAGAAGCCGACUGGAAACCGAGUUUGCAUUGGGAAGCUUUGCCUUUAGAGUUUUCUUAGAACUCGGGGUUGGAUCGAAUAAUCAUUCUUAAUUGGUUCAUCUAUUCUAUGAAGUUUCAGGUUAUGACAAAAAUGCUUUCUUAAUCUGAGUAUAUACCAGUUACAAUCACAUUCAGCA